CAUGGUGGAGACGGCGUAGACGGGCUAGGCAGGCCACGAUGGCUGGUCGAGCACCCACCCCGGCGACCUCCUGCAGAGGAGGAGAGGUCGAGUACAGAUCCAGUUCAUGGAGGAGAUGCCAGCACAGGGUCAAUCAGUCUCUUGUUCGUCCUUUGGAUGGUUCGCUGCUCGCAGAGGUUAUUUGCUCAUUCUCUGCUCGUCUAUGUCGUCAGCGAGAAGGUUAUUUCGUGUGCUUGGAGUUUGUGGGUGCUUUACCUCCUUUUUAUCGUCUUGUCGUUUGCUUCUUUACCUGCCCAGAUCCUGAUGUUGUUGUCUUCAAUUGCUUUGCAGUCUAACACUAUUAGCUCUCCAGUUCUUCGUCUUGCUGUCAAGCAAAUCACUAUCAAAGAGAAGGAGGUGGAUACAUUAUGGAAUCUGACAUUAUCCCUGUUAGUGCUAAUAGAUCCAAGCACGCAAAGAAACAAACGAUUUUACGGACCGGAUACCAUAGCGAAAUCAACAAAGAAGUUGCAGUGGUGGAGGAUAUAUUCUCCAUCAUGAGUGGAUGCAAUGGCGGAGGACAAAAAAAAGAGGUGGGGUGGAGCUUGAGCUUCCUACGAAUGGUGUCUCUCUGCUGCCAGAUAGGAGGCUCUUCUGGGGAGUUGGUGGCACAGGGGCACUUGCUGCCUAUGAACAGGCAGCUUUGCAGGCUAUAAAAUUCUUACAGGGAUUGUAUGGGUUUAUGAUCAGAGACUAUAAUUUCCAUUGUGUUUGUCUAUACGGACUCGGUAGCUUCUGCGGUUGCUAUUGCCGCGUCUGCUGUGAAGUAUACGGCUAAACUGGAGAAGGACCGUGCCCGUCUGCUCCUUUCGUGUGCUAGCGUGGUUCCUCUCUCCAGUGGUAACUGCCUGCAGGCACAGCUUACCCUGUCGAUCCCAUCUUGCUCAUGUGCCUCCUCCCGCGUCGAUCUACUUCACUAGGUCCUCCUCACCCCUCACAUGCCCUGCCAGGAGCGGCGGUGCAACAGCGACGAUGCUGCACGAGAUCAAACCAGAGGAAUGUGAUCCACAUUUGUCUUUGCUUCCAUGUCCACGGGAGAAAAUUGCUGAACAUUUUGUCAUCCCCAGAUUUCCUCCCCACGGUAUGGUCUUUGCAUGAGAAGCACAGAUGGGCAUGCCGACAUGGACCAUAUCAGGUCAUUGCCCUAUUCUUUCCACAUUUUUUAUGUCAUAUUUCAAAUUUUCAAUUCAUUUGUUUUCCAUAUUGCUCAUGUUCAUAGCAUUUCUGUUGGGCACUUAUCCGUUGAUAAUUUAUCAUUCCUCUAUUAAUUAAUGAUCUCAUCGCAUCGCAGUAGCACACUGAGCUCUAUGUUGUUUUGUCCUGUUUUCUCCAAGGUCCUUUGCAGGUUCCUUGGGUAAAGCUUGCUGAUUGUCAAUGUGAUUAGAGGGCCAGUGGUCGAAUGAUGCAUUUCCUAUAGGUCUAUCCAGUGGAGAUGGCGUCACCUGCCGGAGAAGCGAGGGGGCUAUCCCUCGAAGGGGCGGUGUGAUGGCGGUGGUAGACACCCCAGGUUGUGCCCAUCGACGCAGCAGGCAGUGUGUGGGUGAACUUCUAUAAGUUUCUCAACCGCAGGCCGAACCACCGCUCGAAAGCCGCCAUCCUCUUCCACUCCAUCAACAGGACAACGUCUCCUGCGUUCUCGAUCCGGCGCCACCACAUAUCGUGAUUCUUGAUCGGGCACAGGUCGCCGCCAUAAGAGAGCUUCUCUGGUGUGGUCUUCAUGCUUGGUCUGGAGAAGCAGGGGAGGAUGAGUAGGACGGGCAUGGGGAAGGAGCAGCCAGGCCGGAGCUCCGGCAUCGCUCGCGUCAUGGUCGAAUGGAGCCGGCCAUCUCUAUGGGCUGCUGCUCGCCGGUCGUCGUUCCCCAAUCAGAGUUGCUCAUCUUUGGCUUCACCAUCUUCCUCCCCUGAUCAUGCAUCUAUUUUAGAUCAUAUAAUUAUGCUAUAUCAUAUAUGUUGUUUAGUUGAGACUUGUGCAUGCAUUGGCAUUGAUUUAGACAGAGAUAUUGCAUGAUUUGUACAUAAAAGGAGUACGGAUGAUCUAAGAAUAAAUGCUCGAAUAAAGUUAGUAGUGAGAUUUAGGUAGAGGUUACCUGCACUGUUCUGUUUUAUGUAGAUUCUAAGAUGCAAAAUCAUACAUGGUCCUGUUAGUAGUUUGUUUGAGUUGUGAGUUUA